AUGGCCGACGCACAAGGCGUUCCCAAGGAGGAGUCGCUGGCAACAUCCCAGGAUAGCGACGGUACCAAGUCUCUCAACACCUUGUCACUGUCUGCAGCACCAGAUUCCGAAUCUCAGAUCCAGGCCGACGACGGAAAUUCAAGCACGACUGAGUCUGAGUCACCAGCCACGCCGGCCAAAGAGGACGACGACGGGAUCAUGACUUCCACUGCCUUUUGCCUGGAACUGGACCCAGAAACAAUCCACCCUGAUGUCGACAUGACUGAUAGAAACAACCUCGUUCGUCUGCUUGCCCUGUACCAGUCUGGCUGGGAACGAGGGCGCGGGCGCGGUCCCCGAGAUCACGAAACUUGCAUCUGGUGUCGUGGACCCGUGGGACCCAACGUCGAGGUCCUCACCCAUGUUGGCAGAAACAACAGUUGUAGGAACAGCUGGCCGGUGACCUGCCUUCUGGACUGGAUUAAACAACAGCUCGGUACCGUCCGUGGCCAUUCGCUGCGAUGCCCCAUGUGUGCUGAGGAGUUUUACCACCCAUACUCUGUAACUGGCGCCGAUUUCAAAGCGGAUCAAGGCGGGCCAGACGCCGAACGGGUCGUCGACGCGGGCUGGUUGAGAUGCACCCUUUUCGGCACCGCAUACGCCAGAGACUUUUGCGUCAAGAGAAAAAAGCCACUCAUCAUCAUCGAGAGCGAGGAGGCCAGGAAGCUCGUGCUACUCAACCGCGAGAAAUACAUGUUCAACAAGUGCGAAGAACUGCCCCAGACGGCUUUGGAGGGGACGAGGUGGUUCAGCAGAGUCGUCGCAGCAGACAUUGCCCAGAGCUUUGGGGCGACUCCGGCUCCCGACUCUGGUCUUCCGGCUCCAGUCGCUCCAGUCAUUUAUCCCCGCCCUGUCGAGGGAGAGGCAGAGAAGCCAAAACACACCUUCAACAUGGCUUGGAUCGUACUUGACCACGGAAACAAUCAGUACCGAAUGUCGCCGAUCCUGGACCUCGACGCCUGUUGUUUGAAAGUCCAGACGGAAGGACUUGGAGGAGUCACAAAGACCAUGACCGCAGAAGAGUUCAACGCGAUGACCAAGGCGAGAGGAGGUCUCAAGACCGUGGUGGAGAGCUUUAAACCGGACGAUGUGACCGACGCGCUUGAAAUGGAUGCUUCCAGCCGGCUCUGGCUGGCGAAGAUGCUGGGAAAACCUCCGAGGGACCCCGACUACCCGUCGGACGAUGAGUGGUACAAGAGAAUCGCCCUGGCUUUCGGAUUUUCCACCCGCCCGCCACUAGAACGUGGUGGCAGUGACGACGACGGCACGCCGCCCCCUGCUGCUGCUGCGGACGCGGACGACGAGCAGAACGACUCGGACGAGUCCUUGCCAGAGCUUCCCAUCGUGUAA